UAACAAACAAAACAAAACAAACUAAAAAAAUCUCAAAAAAUGGCUGUCUGGCAAGGAAAGAAAUACAAACUCGACCGUUCCGAGAACUUCGAAGACUACAUGUACGCUCUUGGCGUCGGAUACUUCACCCGUAAGAUCGGAAACGUUACUUACCCAACUGUGGAGCUCGUGAAGAACGACAACGGAACCUUCACCUUGAACACCACGAGCACCUUCAAGGAUACCACGAUCACUUUCACUCCUGGCAAGGAAUUCGACGAAACAACAGUCGAUGGACGUGAAGUCAAGUCUGUCUGCACUUUCGAUGGCGACAAUCGUUUGAUUCACGAACAAAAAGGCGAGAAACCCACCACGAUCGUUCGUGAGUUCAAAGAAGACGAAAUGGUUGCCACGAUGACAAUCAAAGACAUUAUCUGUACUCGUUGGUACAAAGUUGUUCCCGAGUAAAAAUUUUGAUCUCAUCUCAUCUGUGUAUAAUUUUUAUUUUGAACGAAUUUCAAUAAAAAU